UGAUGAUUUUUUACCAUGGCAUGUGAUUUGGUUAUACAACUUAAAAUGGCGAAACCGGGAAGUUUGGUUCUCCUCUUCUUAUCAUUUCUGCUGUUUCUGGUGCCGCAGAUAUUUUGUCAUCUCUGUCUCAUAAGUCCCACUCAAAGAGGAUCGAUGACCGGGCUUAAUACAGAAGCGUCAAAAGAUUGCAUUUUGUUGAAACCUCCUUGUGGCGGACGUCCAUCAGAACCAAAGAAUGCUGCAAUUUUAAGGGCAGGACAAAAUACUACAGUUACUUUCCAGAAGAAUCUUAAUCACUGGAUACAGAAAUCUCCUGGAGAAUUUAGAGUAAAUCUUGGAGUAGAAGGUACAGAGAAGUUUCAAUCACUGGCAGUAGUGAAAGACAACAACGAACCAAAUCUCCAUCUCUAUACAGUUCCAAUAACCGUUCCUUCUGACAGACUUAAACAGACACUAGUGCUUCAGGUGGUUUAUGUAACAAAUAACCCACAAGCGCCACCUAUGUUUUACCAGUGUAGAGACGUCCAGAUAAUAGACAAUUUCUAAAUUGAAAAAGAAAUUCUAGAGGAAAAACUUGCAUAAUAAAUUUCAGGAUAUUUAUAGACAAAUGACAUUCCUUUUAUACAACAUUUUGAGCCUUUCUUGUGACAUGCUACAAGUGUAACUUUGGCUAAACAUGCGUGUGUCUUGCCGUUCAGAUAUAAAUGUCUCAAUUAUGGUCCAGUUCUCUGAAACUAUUAUUUCUGUUAAUGAUAGUUCUAUGUACAGCCCUCUUUUGCAGUAAAAUGAUAUAUUCUAUAAGCAAUAAUUUUAAUGGACUGCUUUGGUGUACUUUUUAUGCUACAAAUAAUCCAUAAGCGCCAUCUAUGUUAUACCAGUGCAGAUAAUAGACAACUUUUAAACAAAAAAGGAAAGUUGUACAGGAAAUUUUCAUGCAUAAUUUUUAUCAAAAAAAUCAUAAGGCAAAUGAAAUUUCUUUUAAACAAUAGUUUGAUCCUGUCUUGUAACAUGUUACAAGUGUAACUUUGGAUAAUACUAGUACAUGCUUGUGUCUUGCUGUUCACAUACAUGUAUAUAUGUCUCAAAUCUUGUCCAUUUCUGGUGUAUUAAUGAUAUUACAUCUCUAUGUACAGCCGUUUUUCUCAGUAAAAUGAUAUAAGCAAUAAUUUUAAUGGACCUCUUUUAUGUAAUUUUUAGCGAAUAACCUGUAUGUUGCAAGGUACCAGCCUACAUUCUGGCUUCUGUUACACACAAUUCAAACUUUUUUACAGUUAUUUCUUAGAAACGUUCAACCAUAAAUUAUUGUGGUCCUCUUAAAAUAAAAAUGGUAUUUUGGAAUUUAACACUUCAAUAACUUUGGUUUAUAUUGGAAUAUAAGUUAAUAAUUGGUUUUUCAUUCUAAUAAUGAUCAAUAAUGAUAUAGUAUGUUUAUUGUCUCAUUUUCUUUACCUCAUUACUCGUUUUAUUCCUAAAAGAAGUAUUCCAUGAUAAAUAAAACUUGUAAAUUUGAUGUAUAUUUAUGUUUAUACUUAUAUGUUUAUAUUUUCUUACUUCUUGUUUUUGCCGUUUUUCGUUUAUAUGUUACGUGACUGUAUAGCCUUGUUUUACCUUUCAUUUUGUCAUAUCAGAGAGCGUGCAUUAAUAGCAAUACUCAUUCAAGCGCCUCUCAACUAGAAGCAGUCUAUGUAUUUUUUUAUUGUUCACUAUUUGCUUUGGAAUAUAAUAGUUAAACUUUACACACAUAUGUGUGCAAUUAGGAUAGAGAGGUAGUACUUUCGAAUUUAAAAGCUGUGUGUAUAUUUUGAUAUUAUUUGGUUCUUUAUCUUUUUUACGAAUAUAUUUAAUAAAAUCGUUUUCACAAAA